CUGGCAUUAGCCGUUGACUUCACUGAAUCCCAAGGAUGUGGAGGAGGGGGAGGAGGUGGUGUUGGUGGUGGCGGCGGCGGUGGCUGUUGUACAUGCGUGCCAUGUACGUGCACUCCAGCUAUGCCUGCACUACCGCAGUUGUCUCUACCACAAUUGACUCUACCAACUCUCCCACCACUACAGCUCCCUUCACUACAACUUCCUCCACUACAACUACCUUCAUUACCGGGCCUCUUCCCACCAGCAGGACCACAAUGCUGCCCACCUCCACCAGUUCAAAAUCCAUGUAUACCCUGCGGACCGCCACCCUCGUGUGCUCCAUGUGGUGGUGGAGGAGCAGCACCCCCUCCGGGGCCUGCUUGCACACCAUGUAUAUGUGUGCCUUGUGGACCACCUCCACCACCUCCAACACCCCCUCCCAUGCCUGCUUGUACGCCAUGUGUAUGUGUUCCUUGCGGACCACCUCCACCACCUCCAACGCCCCCUCCAAUGCCUGCUUGUACGCCAUGUGUGUGUGUUCCUUGUGGACCACCUCCACCACCUCCAACGCCCCCUCCAAUGCCUGCAUGUACACCAUGCGUGUGUACACCGUGUGCUGGACCUCCAGCAUUGCCUGCUGUUCCACCAACAGGUGGUGGAGGAUACGCUGUUCCACCAACAGGCGGUGGCGGAUACGCAGUCCCACCAGGCGGUGGAGGGUACGCAGUAGCAGGGAAGUAAUUGACAACGUCGCACAGAGCUAUUUAUCUGUAUAUUUGUUUGAUUACACAUCAGCGAACGUCCUCUUUCUCUACACUGUUUUGAUUGUGGUCAUAUUCUGCACUAUGAUCAUUGUAUGUUUCAUUUUAUUAUUGCAU